GGUGUCUCCGGUUCCGCGGAGGUCAUGGCGGAGGUCAGCGGCCGCUUGAGGAGCGGAGCUCACAAACUCUCUGUCGUUAUCACACUGCGGAGAUCUUAUCAUCAUCUGUCAGCGGCGGACGAGUUCACGAUCGCUGCCGCUUCUGUCGGGACCCGGGGCUACAGCAGCGCGCCGCGCGAGCACCGGAGCCCCACCGCCUACUACGACAUCCUCCGGGUGUCACCGAGCGCCACUCCGCAGCAGAUCAAGAGCGCGUAUUACAGACAGUCCUUCAUCCACCACCCGGACCGGAACCGGAACUGCAGCGAGGACGCGGCGCGGCUCUUCGCGCUCGUCGCCGAGGCCUACAGCGUGCUCGGGGACAGCGGCCUCCGGAGGAAGUACGACCGUGGGAUCCUCCACAGGACCGACGUGCAGCGCGCCGGGAGACCGUCACCUUCACGCGCCCCUGACGCGAGCGCGCGCUUCGACUUCGACGCGUUCUAUCAGGCGCACUACGGCGAGCAGCUGCAGCGAGAGCAGCGCAUGAGACGCGCGCGGGAGCAGACGCGUCAGCAGCAGCAGCACGCACUCCGAGCCUGGACCCGGAUGAAGAUGAACGAGCUGACCGUGGGCUUCCUGCUGCUGCUCGGAGGAGGCCUGCUGCUCAGCCUCAGACACUGAACACACUCGAACUCCGCUCCGUGGUGUUUUUGAGGAAUAAAUACUAAACAACGAUGCUUCUUGAAUAGCAGUCGAGUGUUGUAUUUACAUUAUUAUUCACAUUUCCUGUCAAUGUGUAGACAAGAAGAAGGAGAAGUGCAGCAAACUGAUUGAUUAUUAUGAUUAAAGACUAAUACAAGUUUGUAGUACUGUACCAAUUUGCCCACUGAGACACUUUUGUGAAUCCUAGAAAAUUUAUCUGAUCCUGUGUCAAAACCUGUAGCUGAUUAAUGACCAUAGCUAUCAAAUAUGACCUACUAUGAGAUUAAUUUAUAAUAUACACUACCAGACAAAAAGUUUUUGAACAAUUAGAUAUUUUUUUUUUAUUCUGUGGCAGUAAAUCAUCAUAUUAUUCUGAUUUCUGAAGAUCAUGUGACACUGAAGACUGGAGGAAUGAUGCUGAAAAUACAGCGGAGCAUCACAGAAAUACAUUACACUUUAACACAGAAAACAGCAGUUUUAAAUAGUAAUAAUAUUUCACAAUAUUACUGCUUUUGCUGUACUUUGAAUCAAAUAAAUGCAGGCUUGGUGAGCAGAAGAGACUUCUUUAAAAAUCUUACGGUUCAAAAACAUGACUGGUCGUGUAAAUAAAAGAUAUUUAUUCAGCAUAUUUGUUGAUGUUCAUUUACAAUGCCAAUAAUUAGAACAAAAGAGCUCUAUAUAAAUGAAUGUUAUAUUUAUAUAUAAUAUACUAUAUCACGGGUUUCUGGUUUGUGCAGGAUGCCUUGUGUUAGUAUAAAAUGAUUUCUGAAAACAAACCUUUCUUCACACACGCACCAGACAGACUAAUGUCUGCUUUCACUGCAUUUAUAAUAAAAAGAUUUCUUUGUGCUUCUUCAUUUCCUUUAUUCACAGAAAUAUAAAGUUGAAUGUGAAGGUUGAUACAAAAUCCCAGAAUGAUCCAAACUCUUUCCUCUCUGUUAGUGUCAAGGAUUCAUGUACAAACAACUAGUGUGUUCAAUAAAACACCACGGGAGAGAUGCAUGGAUCUACACAUCUGUCAUUUUCAGUUAUUAAACGAUGAUGAUGAUGACGA